UCGGAGUUGCUAAUCUCCAGUCGUUUUUCACCUUUCAUCAAUAUAUUUUCUAAAAAAGCUGACAUGCCUACUCGGAACGUAAAACUGAUUAACUUUAUCACCGAACCAAUUCGCGACAAACCCGUGACCGAGCUGCCAGGAAUCGGCGUAACAUUGGGCUACAAACUGACCGAUGCCGGUUUCGGAAGGGCCAGCAGUGUCCUGGGGCAGUUCCUUCUCUUCGACAUGGACAAAGAAUACUUCUGCGAUUGGAUGUUUGAAAUAUGCCAAGCGAAUGCCCGUCAAGCGCAAGAAUGCUGGCACUGCCUUCUAAAAUGGUGUGACGCGUUCCUAUAAGCUUGUGUUCCUGUGUUCCAGCUUAGUUUCU